AUGGCUGGCGGUGAUAAAAAUCCUCCUCCUCCUCCUCCUCCUCCUCCUAAAUACGAGCCGUUCACGGAUUAUUAUCUUCAUCCGAGUGAAGGUUCUCAAUUGGUGAUUUGUCCUGUGUUGCUUACCGUCGACAACUAUGAAGAGUGGUCGAGAUCGAUUCGCAACAAUCUUCGUUCCAAGAGCAAGUUCGGGUUUGUUGAUGGUUCUAUUGUCAAGCCCGAUUCCACACACGAGGAUUAUCGUCAGUGGGGUAUUGUUAAUUCUACUGUUGUUGCUUGGAUUUAUAAUACUCUUAAUGCUAGUAUUCGUUCAACUGUUAUUAUUCCUGAUGAUGCUAAAACUUUGUGGGAUGAUUUGCGUGAUCGUUAUUCUCUUGGUAAUGGUCCACGUAUUUUUGAACUUAAACAUGAUAUUGCUGAUUGUAAGCAAAGAGGUCGUUCUGUUGCAGUUUAUUAUGGUGAAUUGAAUAAAUUGCAGAAUUUAUUGUCUAUUUAUGUGAAAUUGCCUGCUUGUACUUGUUCCGCUGCGAAAGAGUAUGCUAAGUUGCAUGAGAAUGAGUUGUUGCAUCAGUUUUGUCUUGGUUUGGAUCCUAAGAAGUUUGGUUCUGUUGUUUCUACUUUGUUGAUGAGUGAUCCUUUGCCUACUAUGAAUGCUGCUUAUGCUAAGGUUGUUGCUGAUGAGCGUAAGCAAUCUGUGUCUGAGGCACAUGAGACCUCUUCUUUGUCUACGACUGUCGGUUAUAAUGCAACAGGUACGACUUCCGGUCGAACAUCCGAACGAGAGGAGUGUACUUAUUGUAAGAAGUUUGGUCAUGACAGGGACCAUUGUUAUGAGCUUCAUGGCUUUCCGGGUGGAGGUCGUGGAGGUCGCGGUGGUCAUGGAGGUCGUGGUGGUGGGUCGUAUAGUAGAGGAAAGGGUGAGUUUGCUGGUGCUGCUGGUAGUUCUCGUGGUAAUAAUGAGCCGGUUUCUGAUUCUGAUCGUGGGAGUGUUCCUACGAUUUCUGAUGCUCAAUGGAAGGAACUCAUGUCUGCUGUAAAGGGUGUUAAGUCUGGUUCUUCGUCAGAUGGCACUAAACUUGGUACGUAUAAUUCUAUUGAGUGGCUCAUUGACACUGGAGCUUCCAAUCAUAUGUCUGGUAAUAUUGAUCUGUUCACUGAUUUACAUGAUAUUUCUUCGCCUGACCGCAGUUUGAGGAACCUGAUUGGAGCAGGGGUACAAUAUGAUGGGGUCUAUAUUUUUUGUCCAGUUCGUGCUUGGAAUCUGCAGGCGAUCAAAGUGGUUAUUUCAGAUGCAAGUUUGUUAUGGCAUAGGAGUCUCAGGUAUCCGUCAAUGCAAGUUGUGAGCUCUCUUUCGGGAGUUUCUAGUAGUAGUAGUACUCAUAGUAGUAACUCUGGUUGUUCUUUUGAUUGUGCAUUUGUUUUAUGGGGAAGCAACCCUGAAACUCUUUUCCGUUAA